CCUAAUUAGAAUUCAGAAGCCUUUUUGAUUUAACCCCCCCUUUCCUCAUCUUUUCUUCGAACCCCCGGAAGAAAGAUGUAUCCGUCAUCUGAAGCCUCCCCCGUUCGCAUAAAUGAAUGCAUGAAUCUCCCCAAACCCUAAUCUCAUUGCCGUAGAUUUCUUGCCCCUCUCUACUUAAUCCGCAGCACUAAUACUAAAAAUCAUUGUAGUCGUUCUUACGCAGAAAUCUCCGAUUUGUUUGUGCCUGUCGCUUUCUCAGUUGGAUUUCUGUUUCGCCGACAUCUCUAGGAUUUUCAAGUUAUUGAUCAACAAGAUAACAGGCUUGAAUCUCAUUAGGCGAGGUGUACGCUCUUUUAUUUGGAAGAGAUUUCUGCCAUAUCUGCCAUAUUUGAAUGGCUUCUUUGGAUGCAUCACUUGAUGACAUGAUAAGGUACAGGCGCAAUAGUGAGAGAGGUAGAGGACGAGGAAUGGCUUGGCGUGGUCGAGGGCGAGGAGGGUCAUUCAGUGGCAGAAGAAUGACAGGGGCACCUCGCAGAGGUCCAUUUGGGUUGAAUGCUCGGCCAUCAUCUUAUGCCAUUGCCAAGUCUUUCCGCAGAACGACGAAUUUUCCUUGGCAGCGUGAUCUGGUCGAAGACAGUCUUAGAGCUGUAGGAGUAUCAGGCACAGAAAAUGGAACGAAGUUAUACAUUUCAAACUUGGAUGUUGGAGUGAGCAAUGAAGAUAUAAGGGAACUGUUCGCUGAGAUUGGAGACCUAAAACGAUUUGCAGUUCAUUAUGAUAAAACUGGACGUUCAAGUGGUUCUGCUGAGGUAGUUUUUGUCCGAAGAAGUGAUGCAUUCCAAGCACUUAGGCGGUACAACAAUGUACAAUUGGAUGGAAAGCCUAUGAAGAUUGAAAUAAUAGGCACAAACUCAGAUAUUCCUGUUUCUGCUCGUGUCAAUGUGGUUGGUGGUGUAAAUGGGAGGAGAACAGUCGUUAUGAUGCCAGGAGGUCGUGGCAGAGGUGGCUCUGCUACAGCUAAUCGUGGUUCUGGUCAGAGGAGCCGUGGGGGCUUGAGGAAUGGCCGUGGCCGCGGCCAGGGCCAGGGCAGGGGCAGGGGCUGGAGCCGGGGCCAGGGCCAGGGCCGGGCCGUGGGAAGAAGAGGACCGUUGAGAAGUCGGCGGAUGAACUUGACAAAGAACUGGAGAGUUAUCAUACUGAUGCUAUGCAAACAUGAAGAACUAUCCAGCUCUGCCCGACAGACAGAUGUUGGAUAUAAGGUUGCAAUAUUAGCUGCUAAAAAAUUUAGAAUGUGACAGUGGUUUGUUUGCUUCCUUGUGGUGCAUGAUUUGUGUUUUUCAUCUGACAUGUAAACUUUUCAAUGGGUUGUGAAGCAGUUUUUUUUUUAGAAUUUGAAGUGUGCUGGUUUCGCUCGGAUGUGUAGGAAUUUUGUACCUAGUUUUUUAUGUGCUUGUAAGAGGUGAUGGGAAGGAAUAGCAUAGCUUAAGUUUCUAGAAUAGAAAAACUUGCUUGAAUAUGAUUUUACCAGUGGCAUUAAUUUCUA